CAUUUUGUAACCACUUGAAGUGAUACUGUUUUUGCUUUCGCAGUGACGGAACGGAACGGCGCUUCAAACUUCUCAAUAUCUUUUAUAAUAUUCAUAUACUUGUGUUUAUAUACAUCUAACGAUCAACAAUGGCCUGUACUCUUCCAAGACAAAACUACCACGCAGAAUCUGAAGCAGCUGUUAACAAGCAAAUCAACUUAGAACUGUACGCUUCGUACGUGUACCUUUCUAUGUCCUACUACUUCGACCGGGAUGAUAUUGCUCUGCCGGGUUUCAGACACUUCUUCAAGAAAAACCAUGAAGAGGAGAAUGAACAUGCUCAAAAAUUCAUGAAGUUCCAAAACCAGCGUGGUGGCAGAAUUGUCCUCCAAAACAUCUGCAGACCCGAGAAGGAUGAAUGGGGAACAUGCUUGGAAGCCAUGCAGGUUGCUCUUGACUUGGAAAAGAAUGUUAACAAGUCUCUGCUGGAUAUGCACAACAUUGCAGAAAAGCAUGGUGAUAAGCAGAUGUGCGACUUCUUGGAGGCAAACUACCUGACAGAGCAGGUUGAAGCAAUCAAGGAGCUGUCGGACUACGUGGCCAUUCUGAAGCGUGUUGGCCCAGGCCUUGGCGAGUACAUGUUUGACAAGGAAACCCUCGGAGGCGAAUCUUAAACUGUUUUGUUAUACUUCCUCAGCUACCAUAGUAACUCUCUACAUAAAAUUAAAUAUAUUUAGUAUAUACAGCCUGUAUGUUCAGCUGGUAUACAUAUACAACAAACCUAUAUAUAUAUAGAUAUGAAAAUAAUGAGCUCCUGAAAUGUUUUAACUUGAAUAUAUACACAAUUAAAAUUAGCAUUCAACCAGCCUGUAAACAAAUUUUGGUCAUAAUCGCAAUUAAUUUUUAGGCCUAUGCAACACUACCAGAACUUCUAAAUACAGUAAUUACAGUAUAUAAGAACUCAUUGUAGGCUCUUAUUCUGUACAGUAUAUAAUUAUAUCUAAAUACUGCAAGUUGUAUAUUAGGCUGUUGAUAAAGUAAAUAUGUGAGGUCUUACCACAAAAUGAGGCGCAUCGUUGGUGAAAUCAUAUUGAGAUAUUCACCAAAAUAGGUCAAAGGCAACAUUUUUACAAAAUUUUGGUUUUAUUGUUUUCGAAUAACUUGAUACUGCUUAUAUUUUAUGAUUGUGUACUUUUUAAGUGAAUUUACUUACUAAAACAGUGUUUUCUUCGCAUAUUCUGUAAUUUUAGUCCUAUUGUUUGUACAAGUUAGUUGAGUUUGAGGCCGAUUUUCUCAAAACCUGGUUCUCGUACACCUAAACUCUAAAUGCUCACAUCUCUGGAUCUAUUUAUCCUAGGGAAGCCAUUCAAAGACCAAAUUAAAGCUUAUAAUGUGAUCUACCAUAUAAACUCAUUUUUUGAUUUUCUAACGAGGAGACUCAUUUUGUAGUAAGACCUCACAUAUGUAGUUGAGGAAGAACAUUACAAACACAAUUCUGUAUGCUAUAAACCAUUAAGAAAAUGAUAUUAAAAAAGCAAAACUGAA